GCCGGAGUCGCAUGGAGAGACUCAUGGAUGUGACAAUAACACACGGCGCAGGAUCACAAGUUACUACGAUCGGCAGUGCGCCCGUUUUCUACUAACGUUUGAACUCUUUGAUUGCCUUCCUCUCUAUGCGAAGUCGUGCCGUCCGCGGACUGACUUUGGCGUCGGUGUGAACGAUGAACCGGACAGUAUGGAGCGGCGCGGUUGUGUGGUGUGUUUUCAUCCUGCUCACACACAAUAUUGACCCUUCAAGAUCGGGCUGCUGUGGGGCAAGCACCGUCUCUGCGCCUGAGAACCUUCUCUUCGUGUCCACCCUGGAUGGCAACCUGCAUGCCGUCAACAAGAGGUCCGGCUCCAUCAAGUGGACCCUGAAGGAAGAUCCGGUGCUUCAGAUGGCUGCCCACGUGACGGAGCCUGCAUUUCUGCCCGACCCCAAUGAUGGCAGCCUGUAUUCUCUGGGAGGCCAGAACAACGAAGGACUGAUGAAACUGCCCUUCACGAUCCCCGAGCUGGUCCAGGCGGCACCCUGCAGCACCUCUGAUGGCAUGCUCUACAUGGGUAAGAAGCAGGACCUCUGGUACGUGGUGGACCUGGUGACAGGGGAGAAGCAGCAGACUCUGACGUCUUCCUUCGCCGAGACGUUCUGUCCGUCCUCCUCCCUACUCUACCUGGGCCGCACAGAGUACACCAUCACCAUGUUCGACACCAAGAACGGAGAACUGCGCUGGAAUGCCACAUACUCGGACUACGCCUCCACCCUGCCAGAUGAAGACACCAAAUACAAAAUGGCGCACUUCGUGUCGAUGGGGGACGGGCAGGUGGUGACAGUGGACAGCGAGUCGGGGGACGUGCGGUGGGCGCAGAGCUACGGCGCGCCCGUGGUGGCCCUCUACAUCUGGCAGCGGGACGGCCUGCGCCGGGUCCCGCACACCAACGUCGCCGCCGAGACGCUGCGCCACCUCGCCUACACGUCCGGCGGGGCUGGCCGAGUCUCGCGCUGGAAGCACCCCUUCCCGAAAGAGACCAAGCCCAAGAGCAAGCUCACGGCAGCUCUCUACGUGGGCAAGUACUCCACCAGCCUGUACGCCUCCCCGUCUUUGGUGCACGAAGGCGUCACUGUGUUGCCACAGGGCAGUGCCUUCCCCCUGCUGGAGGGUCCCAGUACUGCGGAGGCGUUCGGAGAAGACAAAGAGUGCGUCAUCACCCCCAGUACCAACGUCAAGUUCUCUGCCACCCUGAAGGAGCGCAACCGCGUCAACUUCAUGAGGAACCGCUUGCUCCUAAUAGGCCACCAUGAGAUGCCCCCUGAGGCCCACAACAAGAUCCUGGACAGGUUCCCUGAGAACAUCCACCGGAAUCAAGCCAAUGUCAUCCCUCCCAGCACUGAGCAGACCAGCGAGGAGAAGGUGACUGACAGUGGCACGGAUGAUAGCGGCGCUCUUCCUCCGGUCACCUCUGUCCAGGAGAAGCCGGGUCGGAUGGUCCGCCCAGAGGCGCCUGUGGACUCCAUGCUGAAGGACUUGGCCACCAUCAUCUUCAGCACCUUCCUCCUGGCUGGCUGGGUGGCCUUCAUCAUCAUAUACCCUAAGAGUGUGCGCAUGCAGCAGCACCAGCAGUUCCAGAGGCAGAUGGAGGAGAAGCUGGAGCUCCUACAGAAACAGCAGCUGCUCUUCCAGCCGCCGGCGGACUCGCCGCUGGACACCGACUUCCUGGACACAGCGCGGGCGCAGGCAGAGAGCUCCAACAACAGCAGCUCCAACCUCACCCCCCGCACCUCCACCCACUCCAACGCCUCAGUGUGUGACAAUGGUGGCUCCGCCGCAGAGCAUGAGGAAGGAGGUGAAAACAAUAUUGUCAGAGUGGGAAACAUUACAUUCAACCCCAAAAAUGUUCUGGGACACGGUGCAGAAGGAACUAUUGUGUACAAGGGUCACUUUGACAGGCGGCCCGUGGCGGUGAAGAGGAUCCUGCCGGAGUGCUUCAGCUUCGCCGACCGCGAGGUGCAGCUGCUGCGCGAGUCGGACGAGCACCCCAACGUCAUCCGCUACUUCUGCACCGAGAGGGACCGGCAGUUCCAGUACAUCGCCAUCGAGCUGUGCGCCGCCACGCUGAGGGAGUACGUGGAGCAGAAGGACUUUGACAGGCAAGGCCUGGAGCCAGUGAGCGUCCUGCAGCAGACCAUGUCCGGGCUGGCGCAUCUGCACUCUCUGAACAUCGUGCACAGGGACCUGAAGCCUCACAACAUCCUGGUGUCCAUGCGCGGCCCUCAGGGCCGGAGGCGGGCCAUGAUCUCCGACUUCGGGCUCUGUAAGAAGCUGGCCGCGGGUCGGCACAGCUUCAGCAGGAGGUCCGGGGUUCCCGGCACCGAGGGCUGGAUCGCCCCGGAGGUGCUGAAUGAGGACAGCGCGCGUAACCCGACGUGUGCUGUGGACAUAUUCUCCGCCGGCUGUGUCUUCUACUACACGGUGUCACAGGGCAGCCACCCCUUUGGGAAGUCCCUGCAGAGGCAAGCCAAUAUCCUACUGGGGGCUUACAGCUUGGACUGCUUACAGCCAGACAAACACGAGGACCUCAUCGCCAGGGACCUGAUGGAGCAGAUGCUGAGCAUGGAGCCCCAGAGACGGCCGUCGGCGGAGAGCGUGCUGAAGCACCCCUUCUUCUGGAGCCUGGAGAAGCAACUGCACUUCUUCCAGGACGUCAGCGACCGCAUCGAGAAGGAGUCGCUGGACGGAGCCGUGGUGCGGCAGCUGGAGCGAGGGGGCCGGGCGGUGGUGAAGGGGGACUGGAGGGAGCACAUCACCGUCCCUCUGCAGACAGACCUGCGGAAAUUUCGAUCAUACAAAGGGGGGUCAGUGCGAGACCUGCUCCGUGCCAUGCGGAACAAGAAGCACCACUACAGAGAGCUGCCGGCACAGGUGCAGGAGACGCUGGGCUCCGUCCCUGAGGGCUUCGUGUGCUACUUCACCUCCCGCUUCCCACGGCUGCUGUUGCACACCUACCAGGCCAUGCACACCUGUGCCCGAGAGCGGCCCUUCCUGCACUACUACCCCAGCACAGAGACACCUGCACAGACCCAGCACACAGCCCUACAGACCGAGCCGCCCAACGGCACAGAGACAUCUGCACAGACCCAGCACACAGCCCCACAGACUGAGCCGCCCAACGGCACAGAGACAUCUGCACAGACCCAGCACACAGCCCCACAGACUGAGCCGCCCAACAGCACAGAGACACCUGCACAGACCCAGCACACAGCCCCACAGACUGAGCCGCCCAACAGCACAGAGACACCUGCACAGACCCAGCAAACAGCCCCACAGACUGAGCCGCCCAACGGCACAGAGACACCUGCACAGACCCAGCAAACAGCCCCACAGACUGAGCCGCCCAACGGCACAGAGACACCUGCACAGACCCAGCACACAGCCCCACAGACUGAGCCGCCCAACAGCACAGAGACAUCUGCACAGACCCAGCACACAGCCCCACAGACUGAGCCGCCCAACAGCACAGAGACACCUGCACAGACCCAGCACACAGGCCUAGGGACUAAGCCACCCAACAGCACAGCAACACCCCAACACACCCAGCACACAGGCCCACAGACUGAGCCACCCAACAGCACAGAGACACCUGCACAGACCCAGCAAAGAGGCCUAGAAUCUGAACUACCCAGACACACCCAGCGAACCCACCCAAAGGCUGAGCCACCCAGAGACACUCAGCUGACACGCCCAGAGUCUGACAUGCUGUCCGAGGGUGCUAAUCCUGUGCGAUAGAGGCGGGGGAACAGUGGCCGUGACUUUCAGUGCCGUUGCCUUCUGAGGCAACACAUCUCAGGGCUGGCAGCCUUCCUCUGUGACGCUGAGGUCUGGGCCUGCAGUGCUCUGACCCCUCAGCAGGGGGAGCACCUCUCCCUACCCACAGUGCCUUUGCUUCUCAACCAAGGCAGCGACAGCCCAGUGAGGAGCAGUGCUGUCUCAACAGGAGCUGGAGGAGAAGAAUCACA